AAGUGUCGUACUUUAAAGACAAACAUGGACAGCUAGUACGCUAGCUUCAACAAAAUACUUCAUAGGUUGCUCCAGAUGUGGGGACGCAUAUUUGUGCACCCUGUGUUGACUGGCAGAGUUCGUUUCACUUGGAGCUGCAGAAGUCUCUUCACCAUGCAGCUUAAGACUAAAGAGUUUCAGUCGUUGUUCACCGAUGGGCUGAAUGGAAUAGCAGAACUCUUUGAGAAGAACCAGUUUGAGCUGCGCAUAGCAGGGGGCGCUGUGCGAGAUCUCCUGUCAGGGAAGAGGCCUGACGACGUCGACUUUGCCACCACUGCGACUCCUGACGAGAUGAAGAGCAUGUUCCAAGCGGCUGGAGUCCGAAUGAUCAAUAACAAAGGAGAGAGACACGGGACUAUUACUGCCAGGCUCCACAAUGAGAACUUUGAGGUGACCACGCUGCGUGUGGACGUUCAGACUGAUGGACGACACGCAGAGGUGGAAUUCACAACAGACUGGCAGAAGGAUGCAGAGCGCAGGGACCUCACCAUUAACUCCAUGUUUCUGGGUUUGGAUGGGACCCUGUAUGACUAUUUCAGGGGUUAUGAAGACCUCCAGAACCGGAAGGUCCGAUUUGUUGGCAGUGCAGCUCAGAGGAUCCAGGAGGACUACUUGAGAAUUUUAAGAUAUUUCAGGUUCUAUGGCAGAGUAGCGGACCAGCCUGGAGAUCAUGAACCCGAGACGCUCCAAGCGAUCCAGGAGAACGCACGGGGCCUGGCGGCCAUCUCUGGGGAGCGCAUCUGGGUGGAGCUGAAGAAGACGCUGACAGGCAACCACGCGGCACACCUGCUGGAGGUCAUUUAUGACCUGGGCUUGGCCCAGUACAUGGGGCUGCCUGCAGGGGGGAACGUGGAGGAACUGAAGCGGGUGUGGCAGCAGGCACAGGACUGGUCCCCCAAGCCUAUGACCCUCCUGUCUGCACUAUUGCGGUGCUCAGAGGACGUGGACAGGCUGGACCUGAGGCUGAAGAUUUCCAAGGAGGAGAAGAAUCUGGGGCUGUUCCUGGUGAAGCACAGACGGGAUCUCCUGAAGUCUGAGGAUGGUUCCGACAGCCUGAGGCCCUACACAGAUUUCAUCAUUGAUUCCCGGGAGCCUGAUGCCCACAGUAAGGUGUGUGAGCUGUUAAAGUAUCAAGGUGAGGAUCGGCUCCUGGUGGAACUGAAAAGUUGGUCCAUCCCUCGCUUCCCUGUCAGUGGGCACGACCUGAGGAAGAUGGGCAUCACUUCAGGCAAGGAGAUUGGCAUCAUCCUGCAGCAACUGAGGGAUGUCUGGAAAAAGAGUCGCUACCAAAUGGACAAAGACGAGCUGCUAAGCAGCGUCACCAGGUCAUAACCAGCUGCCCCUGGGUAGACGGGGUCAUGAUGAACGCCUGUAUCUCGAGGCAUUCCCAACAGGGGCCUGCAGACUGAUGCUGUCCACUUGCCCACUCCUUGCGGCCCCAGCCAUCAUCACCAGUCUGUCCACCUGUGGGCGGGCUGAAGGUUAGACUGACAUGCAGGGGAAGCACGGUAUGCCAGCCAUAUUCCACACAAUGCUGUCUUUCCAUUGAAGACAUUUGUGACCAGUGCCAUCGCUCGCCAUCUGUAGGGUGACAGCAGCAAUGAUGAGCUGCUUUUAUCCGUCACACUUCCUCCCCAAGCACACUUCUGUGAUGGUGUGCAGUGUGGUAUUUUGAGUAUAUCUGUCAAUUCCGGCAAAGACUGUGUCCAGCCUCUGAACCGAUGGUUGUGACUGAAUAGGAAGAGGCAGUCAAACACCAAAUGAGCUUGUUUGAUGAAGAACAGUAUAUGUGUAGUUGAACGCAGUUGAUUUGUGCCUGAUCUCACAAACUCACUCAGAAUAGAAAAUGGAAAAAAUUGAACCCUUUAAAGGGCAUCAAAUGUAUUGACUUACCAUAAUGUAAC